UGCUGCCUCGCCUCGCCUGCCUGCCUGCCUGCCUGCCUGCCUGCCUGCCUGCCUGCCUGCCUGCCUGCGCGCUCCGCUGCCGUGCGCAUUCGCUGCGCGGGGUUCCGGCUUGCUGCGCUGGAGGGAGCCCGCGGGGCUUGCGGGGAGCUUGGGGGCUGACUGCGCGCGUGCGGACGUGUGGCGCGCGCCCUGGCCUGCUCGCGCGCGUGGCCGAGCCCGCCACGGUGGAUUACAGUUGCACCAUGACGUUGGAAGAGCUGGUGACCCCCGACGAGGCCGAGAAAAAGAUGAAGCCGGUCAGCGAAGCGGUGGAGCAGCUCUUGGUGGCGGCCCAGAGGCAGGGCUGCCUGACCGUGGGCGUGUACGAAUCGGCCAAGCUAAUGAACAUCGACCCGGACUGCGUGGUGCUGUGCCUGCUGGCCGCCGACGAGGACGACAUCGCGCUGCAGAUCCACUUCACCCUCAUCCGAGCCUUCUGCUGCGGCAACGACAUCCAUAUCCUGCGGGUGGCCGGCAUGGAGCGGCUGGCGGCUGUGCUGGGCGAGAACCCCAAGGACGGCGCCGAGCCGCGGGACCUGCACUGCCUCCUCGUGACGAAGCCACACACGGAUUCCUGGACAAGCCAUGGCCUAGCCGAGGUGGCCAGCUACUGCGAAGAAAGCCGCUGCAACAAUGAGUGGGUCCCCUACGUCUCCUUGCAGGUGCGCUGACCUGGCCCCCGCUUCCACCGUGAGCGCAGCAAACGGACGAGAACCAGACGGGUCAGAAGUUCUUAGGAAAAAAAAGCUCCGCCUGCCCAUCCCAUGGAGAAGUGGGUUGGGACGAGUCAUGGAGACAGAGGAGGUGAAGCCCCCAGAGUGAGUGCCUGAGGGCCGGCUCAACCUUGUCAGCUGACUGCUCCGAAGGAAGAGGGCGGAGGCGGUGGUGGCCUUCCUGGCCUGGGGCUGCCCAGUGCUGUGGGAGGAGGUGGGGCGAAUUCUGGGCCACUGGGCCUUGCAGCUGCCUCCCCGUGUCCCCCGUGGAGCAACCGGAGAGGAAGCCUGACCUGGUUGCCCUCUUGCAAAGGACUCUUAACUGGACGCUGGAAGAGGGAAGAAUUCUUUGCAUCUGCCGCUUGUGCCAGAAGAAGCAGCAGCAAAGGACUGAUGCACGAAAGACGGUUGCAAACAAAAUACAAUGCUAUCUUUAAAAAAAAAGACUUUUUGAUAAAAUGCAUCCAAACAUGCAAUCUUUUAUUUUCUUUUUUGCACUCUAAGCUUGAGAAGAACCCAAAGACAAAUAUAUGCUUAUAUGAUUUAAAAAUUACAAUAAAGAUACUUUAUGUUCUGCAA